ACUGAACGCACACCACGCGGCAAUGGACCACUUUAGAGGAUGGAUGCAUGAAUAGAGAUCUUGGCUGGAAAGGGCUCUAAAAUGCUGCCCUGGAAGAAGAACAAGUUCGACCUGAUCGAGGAAGACAAGCAGUCCAAGCAGAAGGGCUAUGCGGUGAGUCUCAACUACUCGGCGCUCACCUCCUUCGCCAAGUCCUGCCCAGAGAGCGCGCUCAACCGGGUGGGCAACAUGUUCAAGUCCAAGAGGAAAAAGGUCAAGAUCACCAGCGACGACCCCACGUACACGGUGUUGUACCUGGGCAACGCCACCACCAUCCAGUCCAAGGGGGACGGCUGCACGGAUGUGGCGGUGAGCAAGAUCUGGGGCAAGAGCGACAUGGGCAGGCACGGCACCAAGAUGCGCCUCACCAUCAGCUCGCAGGGGAUCCGCAUGGUGCACGUGGACGACAAAGCCAGGAGGCCGGGACACUUGUACUUGCUGCACCGGAUAACGUACUGCGUGGCGGACCCGAGGCUGCCCAAGGUGUUUGCGUGGAUUUACCGGCACGAAAUGAAGCACAAGGCGGUGAUGCUGCGCUGCCACGCCGUGCUGGUCUCCAAGCCAGAGAAGGCGAAAGCCAUGGCGCUGCUGCUCUACCAGACGUCCGCCACGGCUUUGGCCGAGUUCAAACGCCUCAAGCGCAGGGAUGACGCAAGGCACCAGCAGCAGCAGCUCAUCGGGGAGCAACCCAUCCCUCUGGUCCCACUCAGGAAGCUCCUGAACGGGCAGUGUUACUACAAACCCCCGGUGGAGCGCAGCCGGAGCGCACCCAAGCUGGGCUCCAUCACGGAGGACCUGCUGGGGGAGGAGGAGGAGGAGAGGGCCAUGCACUUUGAAUGUGAGGACAUUCUGGACACGGAUGAUUGUGUGGCAAACGGCAAACAGGAGCUGACUCAGAUUAUUAACGAUUUGGGGGAAAUGAGCAUCGGCAAUGACGUGCAGACUCUGAAAGCUGACCUCAAAGUGACCAGACUUCUAUCUGGAGAGAGCAGCGGUAGCGAAUCAUCGAGCAACCACGAGCUCCACGGCCUCACCAACGGCUUCGAGCACAUCAAAGUGCAGUGAAAUGUCCCCCCCACGCCUCAAGCACCACUGUGUAGAGCUCACGUGUCUCCUUUCGGACUACUGUACAUCUUUUUGUGCCUCUUGUUAACAGCGUGUAGAAAUCACAUCCAAGGUUUGGGACGACAGCCAGCACAGACUGAAUACAUAAAAAAAAAGAAUAUAAAAAGUUGCAUGUCCUUUUAGGGAUGUCUGGUUUGAACCUGCUAAAUCCCGCUGCGCCAAAAGGGAGCACCGGACUAAUUCUUUUAUUUAAGAGGAUUUGCUGCAGCCCCGAGCUUGUUUACCCAAGUUGGAACUGUUGAAAAGGUGCACACUGUCAUCCAAAAAGACUCCAGAAUGCCAUUUGUUCAUUUUGCACUGUCGUGGAGUCGUCACGCUGACUAGCAUGCGUUCCGUUAUGUUGUCCUGAACAUAAAUGUCAUAUCUUUGCUGUGCAAAAGAGAAAAAACACACCCUUAUGUACUAUUAUGUAAAGUCAGAUGUUUUAAGUAUAAAUAUGUCAAUUUUUUAAAUAAAUAAUACAAAAUGUGGUUUGUUCUGUGAACCUCAUGAUUAAUAAAAAAAACAAAACAGGAAGUGCUAAAAAUGUCUGGAGUCAUGAGUUAUCUGUGCUGUGCUUCGUGGCUGACAAUGAAAAGCACGCACUUCCAAAUGGGAUUUUGAUGAUUUGAUGAAUGAAUGGAGAUCCGGAGGCCGCACGGUGGCCGAGUGGUUAGCAUGUUGGGAAGACCUCGGUUCGAAAAUCCGUUUGGGCCUGUCUGUGUGGAGUUUGCAUGUUCUCCCCGAGUACUCGGUUUCCAAAGACAAGCAUGUUAGUUUCAUUGGAGACUCUAAAUUGAAGGUCAGUGUGAGUGUGAAUGGUUGUUUGUCUCUACGUGCCCUGCCAUUGGUGUACCCCGCCUCUCACCCAAAGUCAGCUGGGAUAGGCUCCAGCAUCCCCCCGGCAUAGAAAAUGGAUGGAACCAUGGUUAGCAUCAAUAAUCUGUUCUAGAAGGCCCGACUCUAACCCAAAUGUACUUGAAAUGUUUAACACAACAUUUAAAUCCAAUUCGUCCAAAAAUGUGAAUAAAAAACAUGUUUUUACAAUUGGACUUUUACAAUUCAAAAGCACACAUGUAGACCUGCAGCUCACUUUCUCAGCCGAUGAAUCGAGAAGUCGGUUAGGCCAGGGGUCGGUAACUUUUUUGGCUAAGAGAGCCACGAAAGCCGCGUACUGUAAGACGUACUUCCGUGUCGCAACUAAACACGUGCAUUUUUAAGCAAGACCAACAGUUUGAGACGAUUAUGUGUCUGAAUGUAUUCGUUUUAAAAACGUUAUACAAGCCAACCAACGUGAAAUACGACUUCUUACUAUGUGCUUCUGGUGCCGCAUGGCUUUGCACGCUACUCCUCGUUUUUCCUUCUUUCCACCUUCUUCCUCAUCAAAAGGGUUUGCUCUGCAGAAUUAGCUCGCUCAAAUUUCAUUAAAAGAGGGAAGUGUACUUCUUGACCUCUCAGUGACCCGUGUAGGCUGCAGCAUUACGCAAUAAUAACCGGGUUUUGGUGUCCAACCCGGAAAAUAUCAGAAGGACGGCUGGCAUCGGCUCUGUUGUGGUAGAAAAUGGAUGGAUGGAUUAAAUUGCAUAAGAAAGUUUU